GUUAUGAUGACCAAGUUUUAUUUAUCACAUGUUCUCAGGAGGUGCAGUGAAGUGUAUUGAUCAAAAUGGAUAUUGUAAAUUCAAUUCUUGAACAAUCUGAAGAUGCAAGUAAAUCAAUUAAUGUAGAUAAGCCUAUAGAACUUGAUAUUGAUGAAGGAACUCUUCUUGUAUCAGAUUAUAAUACAAUAGACACUGACAGAUUCAGGUCUGAUAAAGAUGAAUAUUUAAAAUCAUUAACUAGAGAUAACACUCAAUUACUUAUCAAUAAAAUUUGGGCACUUCCAACUGAACGUGUUGAUGAUGUGGUAAUUGCUAAAUUGCCAAAACCUAAGUAUAUUUUACCCAGAGCUCGUGUUGUUCCUAAACCUAAACCCUUAACUAAAUGGCAGAAGUUUGCUAAAGAAAAAGGUAUACAAAAAAAUAAGAAGAACAAAUCUAAAUUAAUGUGGGAUGAAGAAUUGAGGCAAUGGAUUCCAACAUAUGGAUAUAAGAGAGCAAAAGCACAACAACAAAAAGAAUGGUUAAUGGAAGUUGGCGAUGAUAAUACUCCAAAAGCAAACCCUCGAGAGACAGCGAGUCGAGCAAAAGAAGAGCGAGUGGCCAAAAAUGAACUUCAAAGACUUCGAAAUUUGGCAAGAACUAAAAAUGUAAAGAUACCUAGAGUUGGAUUGCCCACAACAGAGCAAUUGGCUAGUUCAAAGCAUCUUGCUACAGCUUUAACAGUCGCUCGAGUGUCGACUGCUUCUGUAGGAAAGUUUCAAAAUAAAUUACCUAAAGAAAAAGAUGCUAAAGGCAUUACUACAAAAGUAACAGGAUUAAAAAAGAAAAGAAAAGCACCUCCUUUGAACAUGGUUGAUGAGAAAAAGCGAAAUACUGAAUUAGUUAAUGAUAUAAUCAGCAAAAAAACUACAAAGGACAUUCUUCAAGUACAAGAUAUUCCGACGACUCCAUCUGUUUCUUCUGAAGUUGAAAAAAAGAAAGGAAAGAGUAAAAAAAGUAUAGGAAGUAAAAAACCAAAAGCUGGCAAAGGAAAGAGGGAUUUACAUAAAAAAGUUGGUGGUAGAAAACGGAGAUAAAUUUUCUUAUCUCCGUAUAAAAUUGCAUUGUAAUAAGCGUUUAAAUUACUUGAAAUAUGUUUUUAAUAUAGAUUAUACUUAAGUAUAAUAAUUAUUAUAACAAUUACAUUGAAAUUAUAAUAUCAGAGAAAUAAAA